AUGGCUGCGCAGGAGACAGAGAAGCUCAAGCAGCUUGACCUGAAUGGUCAAAACGAGCAAGCAGAGACCCCCGCGGCCAACCAGACCGGUGAAGCGGACGACUCUGAUGACGACCAGGAGGAUGGAGAAGGUGCUCCUGAUGCCGGCGAGGCUGGUGCCGCCAAGAAAAAGAAGAAGCGCAAGUCCAAGAAGAAGAAGAAGGGCGGUGCCAAGGUCCAGACAUCGCCACCUACGGUGCCUGUGUCCAACCUCUUCCCCAAUGGCCAGUACCCCGAGGGCGAGAUCGUCGAAUACCUGAACGACAAUGCCUACCGUACCACCAGUGAAGAGAAGCGCUACCUCGAUCGCAUGAACAAUGAUUUCCUCCAAGAGUACCGUCAAGGUGCCGAAGUUCACCGUCAAGUUCGCCAAUACGCACAGAAGAACAUCAAGCCCGGCCAGACCCUGACAGAAAUCGCCGAGGGUAUUGAGAACUCAGUACGCGCCUUGACCGGCCACGAUGGUCUCGCAGAGGGUGAUAAUCUCAAGGGUGGCAUGGGUUUCCCUUGUGGUCUGAGCAUCAACCACUGUGCCGCGCAUUACACCCCAAAUGCUGGUAACAAGAUGGUCCUCAACCAGGGUGAUGUUAUGAAGGUUGAUUUCGGUGCUCAGCUGAAUGGUCGUAUCGUGGACAGUGCUUUCACCAUGACAUUCGAUCCUGUUUAUGACCCGCUACUUGAAGCAGUCAAAGAUGCUACCAACACUGGUAUCCGGGAAGCUGGAAUUGAUGUCCGCAUGAGUGAUAUCGGUGCUGCGAUUCAAGAAGCCAUGGAGAGCUACGAGGUUGAGCUCAACGGCACUAUGUACCCGGUCAAGUGUAUUCGUAACUUGAACGGACACAACAUUGAGCAGCACAUCAUCCACGGUGGCAAGAGUGUGCCGAUUGUCAAGGGAAACGACCAGACUAAGAUGGAGGAGGGUGAAGUAUUCGCCAUCGAGACCUUCGGCAGUACUGGAAAGGGCUAUGUUCAGGAAGAUAUGGAAUGCUCUCAUUAUGCUCUCAACAACGACGCGCCCAACGUUCCUCUCCGCCUCACCUCCGCUAAGAACCUUCUUGGCGUCAUCAAAAAGAACUUUGGUACUCUGCCUUUCUGUCGUCGUUACUUGGACCGAUUGGGUCAAGAUAAAUAUCUCCUUGGCUUGAACAACCUCGUCUCUUCUGGGGUUGUCCAGGAUUACCCUCCCCUUGUCGAUAUCAAGGGUUCUUAUACAGCUCAAUAUGAACAUACUAUCGUGCUCCGCCCCAAUGUUAAGGAGGUUAUUAGUCGUGGCGACGACUACUAA